AUGUUAUAGGUUUCGACUACAUGGACGGUGUUGAAGAAACAGACGGACCAGGCCAGGAUCAACCAAUGGACGAAGUUGAUGCACCAGGCAACAACAAAAUAACACUCCCGGUUGAAGCAGACUUCAUGUAUGCUUACUCCACUGUACCUGGUUACUAUUCCUGGCGUAAUUCCGUCAGAGGAUCCUGGUUUGUCCAGGCGAUCGUGUCUGUGUUCCGACAGAAUGCCAUGACGAUGGAUGUCCUACGAAUGAUGACACGUGUGAAUGCUGAAGUGGCAAAGCAAAAGUCAAACACAGAUGAGCACUUCUCAGACAACAAGAAGCAAAUACCGUCGAUUAUUUCACAGCUGAGAAAGGAGCUGUAUUUCUUCCCAGAGAAUGUCAUGGAGGGUCAGCCGUAAAUCUUUGUUUUGGUUUGUUCUUGAGAAUUUUGUCUGCAUGAUUUGACCGCUAAGGAAUAUUAUUCCUCUUGCCAACUCACAUUUUUUAACUAGCUUGCAUGCCUAGUUACUACUGAUAAUUAAGCAUAGAAUGGAACAAAGGUAACCAAACAUUUAAUUAAAUGAUAUAUGUGAGAGUGAAUUGAUAACUCACAUGCCUAGUUACCACUCUUAGCAUAGAAUGGAACAAAGGUAACCAAGCAUUUAAAUGAUAUAAAUGUGAGUGAAUUGAUGACUCACAUGCCUAGUUACCACUCUUCUGAUAAUCCAUAGCCUACCGAAGGGAAGAUGGCUGUGAAACUCAUUAGAAUAACAGUAUAACUCAUUAUCUAUGUUAGUCAACGUUUAUUCAUAAAUCGUUUCACCGUCGCGUGUGUAUUGUACAGUAUUUUUACCAAAUCCACCAAUAGCAAUUUCCAGUUUCCCUAUUGUUCGAGUCAGGGAUAGGUGACUUUCCUAAAACAUUGCUAUUGGUUAGUUGCGCAAGAAUACAAUACACACGUGACGGUGAAGGACCAGAUUUAUGAAUAAACGUUGAACAACAUAGAUAACGAGUUAUAUUGUUAUUCUAACGAGUUUCACAGCCAUCUUCCCUUCGAUAGGCUAUGGAUAAUGUGAGCAUAGAAUGGUACAAAGGUAACCAAGCAUUUAAAUUACAUAUGUGAGUGACAGCAGGCAUAAACAUAUGCAAUUAGCUGUCAACUGAUUAGGUCUAGAAUUUGAUUGAAAUUAUAGAUGGCAGCUAAGUACAUAAGUUUGUAGCCGUAUUUUUAUAUUUUGCAGAUGUUCAUGGUGACAUCACAGAUGCGACUGUCCACAAAAAACAUGGUUCACACAAGAAAAAAUGUUCAAUUUGUUGAAAUGAUUCUUAGAAAUUUGCAAUGAUAGAUGAAUGAAUGAUGAAACUGGCAAUGCAUGAACGGUUUUAUGAAAGAUGGAAAGUUCGCACAACAUAUAUACACAGCCGCAGGAGCCAUCGAGGCGAAAAUAGAGAACAGCACAAUGUCAGAGGUUUAGAAAUGAACAAUUUAGAAACUAGAAACCAGGCUAUAGUCUGCAAUUACCUUGCAUGAGCUAAAAUACUAACUGUUGCCACUGUUUAUAUACUGUACUGUUCUAGAUCUCUGCAACAUUAAUUGACAACACAUAUAAUUUGCAUGCACCCAACGUUUUGUAUAUUGAAUAAAAUUGAUUAUUGAUGAUGUAAAUUUUUGUUCAAUUUUUUUUAACAAGAAGGUGAUAAUUCAGCGGCCCCCAGUCACAACCUCGUCCCCAGGGCCUAUUGAGGAAGGAGAGCUGCCCUUCGCAU